AUAAUUAGGCGGUACCAACAAGUUCUGUGUAAACGUGUCUCUUUUCUAAACUGCCAAUGAAAGUCAAAGAGUUGGAAAAAUUUGCUCAUUCGGCCUGGUCACCCCUUUCAUGCAAUCGUACUUAUUUGGCAACUGUCACCGCGGAAGAUGAUCGCGAGGCAACUGACUCAAAUAUAAAUACUAGCAUGACUUCUCCAACAUUAGAUAUUUAUGAAUUCAAUGUUAAAGAAAAUAAUCUGUCUAUGCAAAUGAAUAUUAGUUUACAAAUUAAACAAAAAGCUACAAGUUUAUUAUGGACAGCACCUAUAAAUAAUGAUCAUUUAGAUAUUGGUUUACUUAUUAUUGGUUCCAUGUCAGGUAGUUUAUAUUUAUAUGAUAGUCAUAAAUUAAUUUCUAUGAAUCAACGUAUAUCAUCUUCACAGAUUAAUACUAAUACUAUUCAUAAAUCAUAUCCUAUUAAUAAUACCAUGGAUACUAUUAUUGAUAAUGAUAAUAAUAAUAAUAAUAAUAAUAUAAAUGAUAAUUCUAUAAUAACAUUUAAUCAACACUUAUCAUCUAUUUAUAUUACUGAAAAUAAUAUAUCAAAUUAUUUGUAUACAUCACGUGAAAAUAUUCAUAAUAAUGUUGUAAGAAGUUUGGAUUUCAAUCGAUUUCAAACAAAUCUUUUUGCUUCAGCAUCAAACGAUGAAGAAAUAUUUAUUUGGGAUGUUGGAAAAAUGGAACAUCCAAUGUCACCUGGUUCAAAAAUACAACCUUUAGAAAACGUAAACCAAGUUGCAUGGAAUCCACGUGUUCAACACAUAUUAUGCACAACUAGCAUUGGUCGUUGUGUUAUAUGGGAUUUACGUAAAAGUGGACCAGUUUUACAACUUACUAAAACAAUGUGUCAAUUAGAACCACAAAUGAUGGCAUGGAGUCCGGAUGUUGCAACUCGUUUAUGUAUAGCUGAUCCAAAUAAUCCAAACGCUGAUGUUCAAUUAUGGGAUCUUCGUUAUCCAAAACAUAUGCUUUGUUUAUUAAGUCAUUGGCCACCAUUAUUAUCAUCUAAUUUAAAAACAACUAACCUAUUAAAUAAUUAUGCAUUAGGGAAUGCAGGUACAGUAAAUUCAUUAUGUUGGGGUAUACCAGAAUGUCAAAAAUCAAUAAAUAAAUCAAAUUUCUAUGAUAAAGAUAUGAUUGUUAUGACAAUUGGUGCUUCUGGUGCAUUACCAACAUUAAAUGGUAAUUAUGGUACAAAAUUAAAUCCAACUUAUGCUGAAAUGUUAGUUGUUUGGAGUGUUAAUCAAGCAUUAAACUCUACACCGGAUAAUGUAACAUGUCAAGAAGCUACACCGGAACCAAUAUUUAUUGGUCGUUUAGAAGGUUUAGAUGAUCAAGAAUUAGUUAAUCCAUUAUUAUGUUUUAAUACAUUACCAACAAAUGCAUCUGUACAAUGGAUACCAAAUCAUCCUAAUUUAAUAUGUGUUACACAAUCAGAUGGUUGGAUAACAGUCUAUAAUUUAUUAAGUGGUAUAAAUAAACAAGUUGAACAAUUGAAUAUUGAACGAUAUAAUAAACAAUGUAUCUUAGCUAGAAAUUCAUUAAAUUUACGUAAUUCACAUAAAGUAGCUGAAGUAUUUCAUAAUGAACAAUUAUUAAUGGAUAAUAAUAAUACUGAUAAUACUAUUAUUCCUACUACUAUGAAUAAUAAUAAUAAUAAUCUUCAAUCAGAUUCAUUAUAUCCUGUAUUUAUGGAUGAUCCAAAUGUGAAUAAUAUUGAUAAAGAACAAAUCAAUUCAGGAUCAGAUCAAUUAUUAUUGAAUAAUUCUAAUUCUAUGAAUUUAAUAAAUCUUUCAUUACCUCAACCUAUGCCAUUAUUACGUGUUGCACCAAGUUGGUUGAAGAGACCCUGUGGUGUCCAUUUUGCUUUUGGUGGUAGACUUGUCACUUUUUCAUCUUUAACAAAUCUUCAAUCAAAACGUACUCGUACAAAUAGUUCAAUGAGUAGUUCAAAACGAACUGAUCCAAAUAGCCGAUCAUCAGAUAUAGGAAGUAUUGAACAAAAUUCAACAAUAGGAACAGUACCUGAUCAAAAUCAUUUAAAUUCUACAGAAGUACAAUCAUAUUAUGUUUUUAUUAAAUGGAUUGAUGUAUUUCAAAUGGAACCAUCAUCAUCAACAACAGUACAACUACAUUCUUCUCUUAAUAACAAUACUAAUACAUCAGAUGAUCAGUGGAAGAAUUCUAUAGAAGAUAUAAUUGAAUGUUUGAUUACUGUACUUAAUUGUUCCAAUGAUUAUUUAAGUACAGUUUGUGAAAAUGCUAAAGCUUUAUUCAAACCGAUGGUUGAUAAUAAUAAUAAUCCGUCGUUAACAAAUGGUCAUGGUCAUUUGGAUUUAUGGAAUGUAAUUCAAGCUCGUUUAGAUAAAUCAACUUCAGUAAAAUCAUCAUUGUCCAAUUUGUUAGGCUACAGUAAACAGGAUUUUCAAGGUUUCAAUCAGUCUACAUCUUCUCAAUUGUUGGAUGCGUUGAAAUAUGCUCUAGUUACUAAUGAUAUUAAAACAAUUAUUCAAUUAUGUUUACAUCCCAAAUUUUCUGCAUUAUCUCUGCCAAAUCUUUCUACAUUAAGUAUAUUCGCUAUGAUGUUCACUGAUUUAUAUCGUUCAGAGAAAAUAGAAUUAUAUGAAGAUGUAAAAUUGAAAUUAUAUCAAACUUUAAAUGAAAUCUCAUUGAAUAAUCAUAUCAUUCAUGAUCCAAUUUUAAAUUCUGUUAUCAUGUUAUUCAAUUGUGUACUAUUACGUACAAAUUGGUUAAAUAUGAUUGAAAAUUGGCCAUUAUCAGAUUGGAAAACUAUAUUAACAGCAUUGAUUAAUCAUUUAUGGGAUCAUGAUAUUGAAUUAUUAAGAAAGUUAUGCUCGAUUUUUGCUAAACGUCUACUUGAUAAUACGAGUAACGAUAGUAAUAAUAAUAUUACUUCAGUUGAAUCUGGAUUAGCUGCGUGUAUCUGUUGUAUUAUUAGUGAUGAUCUUGAUCAUUUAACAGAAUGUUGGUUACGUUUAAAUAAUAUAAAUGAAAAUCAUUUGGAUAAUGUAAUAAAAUGUUUGCCAUUAGCAUUACUACUACUCUUCUUAUUUCGUUUAUCAUCAUCUACUGGAAUAAAUCAUUGUACAAUUAAAUCAAGUCAAUUAUUAAUUCAUCUUGCUCUAUGGUUAAUUGAAACUAGAUUCGAUCAUAAUAAUAAUAAUAAUAAUAAUAAUAAUAAUAAUAAUAAUAAUAAUAAUAAUGAUAAUAAUGGAUCAAAUAAACAAAUUAGUUUAUUUGCUUUAAAUUUAUUAACAAAAACUUUAUCAACCGUUGAAUUAUAUUCACCAACAAUGAAUUAUUUAAUUGAUUUAAGACAUCGUAUUUGGUGUAAUCUAAGCAUGGAACAACAACAACAGCAACAGCAGCAACAACAACAAAUAUUAUCCAAUGAAUUAUCCCAACAAUUUUUAUGCCCAUAUCCACAUAUACAAUGUCAUUGUGGUCUAUCAAAGGCUAAUUCAUCCACAGAAAUACAGUCAUCUUUAUUUGUUAAAACAACAACUACUAAUUCUUAUUAUCAACCACAACAGUCAAUAAAUUAUCCAUCUUUAUCUAAUCAUACAAUACAAGGCACAUAUCAGUCAAAAAUAAAUCAAAAUCAAUUUUAUGAACAAAAUAAUCUUGAUAGUUUCAAUUAUCCUAUUCUUUCUUCGUCUUCUAAUUGUUUAUCGUUUAAUGAUAAUGUUGUUGGUGUACAGACUAAUAUAUCUGGACAAAAUAAAUCUACAUUCAACUUUGCUCCGCCUAUAUCAUCACAUCACGCCGAUGUAUUGCCAUCAUUUAUUCCUCCUGUUCCAUCCACAAUAAUGUCAUCCUCCUCUUCAAAUAUUUACUCUUCACUGGGUUUACCACCUGUAAAUUCAACAGAUCAAUCAAAUCUAUCAUCGGCUAAACAAUUUCCACCUGUUGUCGCACCACCUCUGCUAGAUACCAAUUAUAACAAUAAUAGAAACUAUCCUAUAAUGAAUCAUCGUUAUGUACAACCUGUAAAUAACAAUAAUCUAUUAGGAACAGAUUCAGUUUCUGGAAAUAGUAUGUCUACUGUGCUAAAGCCACCAUUGCCUCCAAUACUAGCAUCAUCAACGCAAUCAGCCCAAAUGAGUACAAAUUUUGGACAUAACUUUGGUGGACCAAUGCCUCCUAGUUUUCAAUCACUAAACAAUGUGCCUUAUGGUAUCCCAACGCCCACUCCUCAAUUCAACGUCCAACAACAACAACAGGAACACAAUCAACAGCACAUGCAACCACUACUACCAGCACCAAUGCCAAUACCACCACCACCCCCACCACAAACACAGCAUCAAUCAUCAGUGGUAUCACCAGGUUGGAAUGAUCCACCUGUCUUAAUAACUGAUAAACCACGUCAGACAACUGUUUCACACAACCCUUAUUAUAAUCCUAUGGAAUUUAUUAGUGCACCUUUACCUCAAACGAAUAAUUCCGUAUCACCGUCGAAUUUUCCUCAACCAAUGAUGGAACUACACACUACUCCUUCAAAUCCUCCUUUACCACCAAGUUAUCCUGUUACUGGAAUAAAUGCAUAUCAACCUGUGCCACCACCAGUUCAAAAUUCUAUCUCACCUAUAAAUGCUGAUAUAAUUCAUCCUCAACAGCAACUACAGCAACCCUUGCCACUGUCAUCAACCUAUAUUCAACAGCAAUCAUCAUCCUUCAUGAGAUCGCCUGUUCAACAACCAUCGUAUCCACAAUUACAAGGAGUAUAUCAUCAACAAGAACACUACCCAAAUCAUUUCCAACCACCGAUUGAACAAAAUUCUCAAUUUUCCACUAUAUCAUCAACACUACCACCUAUAUCAUCAGUUGUUCCACUGAAUUCCUACACCCAACCUAAUAUUUGGCCUGCAGCUCAACCUUUAUCUACUACCGUUAAAUCUGGGAUUAUCAGUCAAACUAUUAUUGAAAAUGUCAUACCAUCGAAUUCUUUCACUUCUUCGAAUGAUGACCAUACUGAUGUACAAUUAUCACAUAAGUUAGAUUCUACAAGUUUAAACUCCGAUCAUAAUAAUGUUAAUAAUUAUUCAUUACCAACAGAAUUUCAACCCAUACAAAAAGUGUUCAUUGACUUAAUUGAAAAUUGUCGUAAAGUUGGCGACAAACAAACUCGUCAUAAAUUAAUGGAUGUUGAAUAUCGUUUAAAUCAAUUCUAUAAGAACAUAUCUACUGGUCAAUUACAAUUAGAUCAUAAUUCUAUGGAAUAUUUACAUAUUUGUAUUUAUUCUAUUCAAUCUAAUGAUUAUGUAAAUGCAUUACAACAAAUAAAUUUAUUUAUACAAUCUGCUAUACAAUUAUCAGAUAUUCAAUAUUAUGGACCAGCAAUAAAAAGAUUAAUACAAACUGCUAAACAAUUAUCUAUUAAUAUGAACUAUAUUAAUCAUUGAUCAUUACAUGGAUCAUAUUGAUGAUCAUGAUGAUGACGAUGAUGGUGUUGAUGAUGAUGAUAAGAAUUCAACGGUGUCUAACACUUUUAAUCUAAUCUAAUCUUAUCUAAUCAAAUCUAAACAUCUAUUGAAGGAUUAGAGUGAGUUUUUUUGUUGACUUAAAACUAUAUUAAUACAGUUUAGUUAUUCAUUUGGCGAUUAGAUCUUUGUUUUCUCUCAUUUUUUUCUGUUUUUCUUAUUCUUUGUUAUUUAUUAUGAAAUAUUUUUCGUCGUAGAAAAUCCACUAUCAGUGGUUAAAUUCAAGUGAAGAAAGUGGGGGAGGGAGCGAUGCGUUAUAUGAUUUCUUUUUAAAAAACUUUGUUCAUACAUUUAUUAAAUGUCAUUAUGGUUAUUAAUUAUGGGUGAUGAUAACUAUUAUGAUUGUUACUAUGCUAUUAUGACUAUCAUAGGUAUAUGUAGUGCAUAUGUUUUGUUUAUGGUAUCUUUUUUUUUACCAUACUUAUCUUUGCUUUAUUGUUUACAUUUAUUCUGUUUAUUUGAGAUGUCUUUUGUUAAAACACCUAUUAAACUUUCAUGAUACUAAUCUCUUGUUUCCUUAAUUAAUGUCCUUGUUAUAAUUUUUGUUAAAAUGUAAUAUGUACUGAAUAGUUAAAUAAAAAAAACUAAUUGAAGCGUGGAUAUAUAUAU